AUGGACUGGAAUGAUGCAGGAUCCUACAUAUGCAAAGGAAUCAUCGAAGAGUUCAACCAUUCCAACGCCAUCAGCAUCAACGUCACCGUCCAGAUUUGUCGGAUGAAAAAUAUCCAACUCCGGCCCCUCAAAAAGAUCCGACUCCGGCCUCUCAAAAAAUACGACUCCUCAAAAAAAUCUGACUCCGGUCCUUCAAAAAGAUCCAACUCUGGCCCCUCAGAAAGAUCCGACUCCGGCCUCUCAAAAAGAUACGACUCCUCAAAAAAAUCUGACUCCGGUCCUUCAAAAAGAUCCGACUCGGCCCCUCAAAAAGAUCCGACUCCGGUCCCUCAAAAAGAUACGACUCCUCAAAAAAAUCUGACUCCGGUCCUUCAAAAAGAUCUGACUUCAGGUAAACUUUCCUGA